AUGGGAGCGCCAAUAGGAGGGCCAAUGGGGGCCCCACUGGGAAAUGGGAGAGCCAAAGGGAGCAACAAUGGAAGGGCCAAGCGGAGCGCCAAUGGGAAUGCCAAUGGGCCAAUGGGAGCGCCAAUAGGAGAGCCACUGGGAGAGCCAAUAGAAGUUAAGAGAGGAUGUUCGACUCCGCCAACUCUCAAUGCCGGUGGGAGGAGGUGGUCUGACCCCGGCUCACCUCCUCUGAGGCCCCCGGAGAGAGGGGGCCGCCCACUGAGCUGUAGUGGUGUUUCUGUGUCCGUGCCCUCUGCUUCCUUAACCCUAACCCACAUGGAGAGCUCCCCGUACGGAGCCGUGUACCUGUCCCCACCGCCGGACAACAGCUGGAGGAGCCCUGACAGAGCCUGGAGCGGGCUGGGUGGAGGCCUCCAGGGCCCACACCCUCUCAUUGUAGACGGCCCCAGAACAGGUCGGCUGACAAACGCCCGUAGAGCCCUGAGCUGUAGUGGUGUUUCUGUGUCCGUGCCCUCUGCUUCCUUAACCCUAACCCACAUGGAGAGCUCCCCGUACGGAGCCGUGUACCUGUCCCCACCGCCGGACAACAGCUGGAGGAGCCCUGACGGAGCCUGGAGCCGGCUGGGUGGAGGCCUCCAGGGCCCACGCCCCAGAACAGGUCGGCUCACAAACGCCCGGGCGGAGAAAAGCGAGUCUUUGAAAGACGAAAAGACGAACCCCUCCGGCUGGUUUCGGGGUGCAGAGCCCCUGUUUUAUGACAUCAGACAGAGCAAGCUCCGCCCCCUCGCCCCCCCCCCCCCCCCCCCCCCCCCCCCCACCUGGCACCGGCCGGCCGGGUCCCGGCAGGCCGACCGACCGGAGCCUCCUGCUCCAGCCGGCAGCAGAUUGCCGUCCCAGUGUGGGACCGGGAUAAACUUCCCCCUCAGCUGUGGGGCGGAGGAACCAGAACGAGACUCUGCUGCCUCUCAGGUCCCCCCCCCUCACAUCCCUCCUCCUUUGUCCUCCCCUGCCUCUUCUUCGUGUAUCUCUGCCCACCUUCAGCUGGUCGAACGGGCCUGUCCUCAGAGAAGUGACACCUUCCCGGUGGGAACCAACUCGGACUCGGCUCUGCACACGAGCGCCAUGAACCCGAACCCCCAGGACCCGUUCGGCCUGGGCCAGCACGGGGGCCGGGCCCCCCCCCAGCGCAACGGUGAGAGGAACAACACUCAGCUUUUCCUGCAGCACACAGCCAGUGUGAACGAGGCAGACGUGGACGGCUCUGGAGACAUCUUCUCCUUCCCGGCUCUGCCUAACGAGGAGGCUCUAAUAGGCGUCAGCAAGCCCCUCCCCAAGCAGCUGUGGGAGGCCAAAAAGGUUCAGUCUCUGGCGUCGAGGCCCAAAUCCUGUGAAGUGCCUGGAAUUAACAUCUUCCCGUCCCCGGAGCAGACCCCGGGCCUGUCCCACUACCAGGGCUCUCUGAGCACCGGCGGCUCUCUGCCCGACCUCAGCAACCUGCAGUUCCCCUCCCCGCUGUCCACCCCGCUGGACCCCGAGGACGGGGGGGGCUACCCCGGCCUGAGCGGGGGCAGCAGCACCGGAAACCUGCCCGCCGCCAUGAUGCACCUGGGCAUCGGACACUCGCAGGGUCUCUCCUCCUCCCUGAGCAACCCCUCCAUCCAGGCCUCCCUGAACACCUGCCAGCUGCAGUCGUCCCUCAGCAACCCGUCCAUCAGCUCCUCUCUGCGUCUGUCCGGCAGCUCGCCGCGGCGCCGGCCCACGCCCAUCAGCCCGCUCACGCUGUCGCCCGGGGCCGAGCAGCGCCGGGGGCUGGCCAAGCAGCUGUCCCCCACCAUGUCCCCCUCGCUGUCCCCCCUCACACGGGGAGUUGCUCUGGACACCAGCAACAUGCCGAGGGAGCCGCCGCCGCCCUACCCGCUCUACCAGCAGCCGCAGCACGCCGUGCAGUUUCAGAAGGUCCAGCAGCUCCGCCUGAACCAGUCCCGGGUUCAGUACUACGGAGGCUCUCUUCCCAACGUCAACCAGAUCAGCAACACCAGCUCCGACUUUCAGAAAAUGUGUGGCUUGUUUCUCAGGAGCUCCGUGGACUUUGUGGCUCCCACCCCAGAGGGCUUCCCCCCCACUCCUGUGAUUGUCCCCAGCUCACCAACCGACCUGGAGAAGGACCAGGGUGAGGAGUGGGGCCGGUCUGGCGCCGACGAGCCGAUGGACACCUCGCUGCCUCCAGACAGCGAGAAGGACGAGCCAAUGGAAACGGAGGCUGCCUUCUCCAAGCCCCACCCGCCUUCCGGGCCCCACCCAGCCUCCUCCACCCCCGUCUCCCAGAAACCUCCUGGGGUAGAGCUGGACCGGACCCCCUCCGUGCCCUCCCAGCCUGAGUUCUCCCAUGACGUGUUCGUCCCCACACAGAGCCCCGAGGCGCCUCCUCAGCCGGGGGCCAAACCGGCCUCACCGCCUCCCCAGCUCUCCGCCAACAGCCAGGGCCGGCGGACGGAGGAGGAGGAGCCGGAGGAGGACAGCCAGGCCACACAGAUAGAGGAACCAGAGGAGGAGAAGGAGGAGGAGGAGAAGAAGAAAGAGGAGGAGGAGCCUAAGGCCUCAGAGGACAAACACAGCCUGGAGGCCACCAGGAGCCGAGCGGCGUCCGGCUCCCAGCCCGAGCCGGCCGGGACGCCUUCUGACGGCCUUGUGCAGGAGACGCCGUCCUCCUCCACCACCUCCUCCAUCACCUCCUCCUCCACCUCCGCCACCACCUCCUUCUCCACGGCCUGCACUCUGCCCUCACAGUCGGGGGUUUCUCAGCCUUCUGCUGGCGUCAAGCUUCCUCUGGAAACGCCGGCGAGUCAGUCCAACCACGAAGCUGAUCGGGAGGAGGAGGAGGAGGAGGAGAAGGAGGAGGAGGAAGAGGAGGAGCAGGAGGAGGUGGUGAUGGAGGCGGAGAACACAGGAGGAGAGGCCUCAGGGCUGGCUCUGGUCCUCUCCCAGAGCCAGAUGCUGUCCCCUGAGCCCAUGGAGGAGGACGCCCUCACAGACGGCCAGAGGAACUCCCAGCUCCUGGAGGAGGACGGCGGAGGAGGAGGAGGAGCACAGCCGGGAGAAGGAGGAGGAGGAGGAGGAGGCGGUGGCUUACAGCCAGGAGAAGGAAGAGGAGCAGCAGAAAGUCCAAAGCUGGCUGGAGGAGGAGGCCCACAGCUGGCUGGAGGAGUAGGAGGAUGCCCCCAGCUGGCUGGAGGAGGAAAAGGAGGAGAAGGGGAAAGAGGACGAGGAGGAGGAGGAGGAGGAGGAGGAGGAGGAGGAGGAGCACCCGCCUCCGCCUCCACCAACGGCCUCGCCUCUCAGAGCCGGGACGAAGAGGAGCAGGCGGCCGGGGCCGAACCAGAGGGGCUGGGAGACCGGAGCCUGGGUGACAGCUCGGGAGGUGAGGCCAUUUUAGCUGUGUGUUAA